UGGGGCUGACACCCCCCCCCGUGAAUCGGAGCCUCCCGUGGGUCAGAGCCCCCACCCGUGUGUCAGAGCCUGCUGUGGGGCUGAGCGCCCCCACCACCACCACCACCUCGCGCGUGGGGUCCCACCGUGGGUCCCCCCAUGCUGCCACGGGCGUUGCGGGCGCUGCUGGAGGGGUCGCGGCCCCCCCCGGGCCAGGAGCCGGGGGUCGUGCUCAGCGCGUACCGGCCCUGCCCACCCGAGACCGCCCCCCCCCAGGCGGAGGAGCGGGAGGAGGGGCCGUGCGGCGCCGUGUUCUCGCUCAGCCCCGGCCCCUCCCGGCGGCUCCGGGCCGCUCCGCUGCCCCGCCUGGUCCGGCACCUGCUGGAGGCCCCGGCGCGGGGAGACGCCGCCUUCGUCCCGGCCUUCCUGGGCACCUUCCGCGCCUUCGCCCGGCCGCAGGACGUGCUGGGGCUGCUGCUCCUGCGGCUGGAGGAACUUGGGGCGCUCUCUGCGACCCCCAACACCCCAGAGCUGACCGAGGCCAAGGCGGCUCUCUCCUCCCUGCUCUGCUCCUGGCUGGAUGGGUACCCCGAAGAUUUUGGGGGGCCCCAGGUUCCCCCCUUAGCCGAGCGCCUGGUCCAGCUGCUGGGGCCGGGCUCGGAGGUCGCCCGCCGGCUGGAGGAUUUGGGGGGGCCCCCGCCCCCCCCCGAGGAGGAGGAGGAGGAGGAGGAGGAAGGGGGGGGCGACGCUGACCCCCUGGAGAUCCUGUCCUUCCAGGCCAGGGAGGUGGCCGAGCAGCUCACCCUGACCGAGGCGGAGCUCUUCCUGCGCCUGGUCCCCUACGAGUGCCUGGGGGCCCUGUGGUCCCGCCGGGACAAGAGGGGACGAGAAGGUGACUGUCCCAGUGUCCGGGCCACCGUACGCCAGUUCAACCGGUUGGCGGGAGCCGUGGUGCGGUCCUGCCUGGGGGGCGCGGGGCUGCGGCCCCCCCAGCGCGCCCGGCUGCUGGAGAAGUGGAUCCACGUGGCCGAGGAGUGCCGCGCGUUGAGGAACUUCUCCUCGCUCUGCGCCAUCAUCUCAGCGCUGCAGUCCAGCCCCGUCCACCGGCUCCGGCAGAGCUGGGAUGAGACCAGCCGGGAUGCCCAGCGCAGCUACGAGGAGCUCAGCGCCAUCUGCUCCGAGCAGGACAACUACAGCGCCAGCCGCCAGCUGCUGCUGCAGGACCCCCCCUCGGAGCCGCCCCCCCCCCGCCGCCAGCCCCGCCGCCCCCCGCAGCAGCGUCCGGUGGGGGUUGUCCCCUACCUGGGCACUUUCCUGCGUGACCUGGUGAUGCUGGACGCGGCCAUGAAGGACGAGCUGGAGGACGGCUACAUCAACUUCGAGAAGCGCCGCAAGGAAUUCGGGGUGCUGGCGCAGGUGCGGGGGCUGCAGGGGCUGUGCCGGGGGGGGUACCGCCUGCACCCCCAGCCCCGCUUCCGCCGCUGGCUGCGCACCCUGCGCGCCCUGCCCGAGGCCCACAGCCACAGCCUCUCCUGUGAGAUCGAGCCCCCCGGGGACCCCCCCCCGCCAGCCCCGCGCCCCCCCAAACCCGCCCUGGUCAUCACACACUGCACAGAGCUCCUGAGCUCCGUGGGGACCCCCUCGGUGGCCUGGGACCAGCCCUGCCCCCCCAGUGUCCUCGUCACCCCCCCCCAGGGCCCCCCCAAAGCGCCCUCACGCCUGGAGCAGAAGUGGCCGUCGGUGUCGGCGCUGGACGAAGCAUCCGCCCCCCCCUCAGAUGUCACCGUCCCCCCCCCGGGGACACUGUCCCCCCCCCGGGGUCACCGACGUUCGGCCUCUUGCGGCUCAACGUUCCCCCCAAAAAAUGGGGGGGGCCCGGGGGGGGGCGGGGGGGGAACCCCCCCAUCCGACUGCCGCAUCAUCCGGGCGCGCAUGGACCUGCACAACGGCAGCCUCUACAAGAGCAUCCUGAUCACCAGCCAGGACAAGACACCGGCCGUGGUGGCCAAAGUGCUGGAGAAACACGGGCAGGAUCCGGCCGCUGCCCCCCGCUUCCAGCUGCUCCAGCUGCUCCCCGAAAACCGAGAACUCCUCCUGCCCCCCUCCGCCAACGUCUUCUACGCCAUGACGGGGACCAGCCUGGAUUUCACCCUGCGCCCCCGAGAUUCGGGGGGGGAUCCCGCUCUUUCCCCCCCCCCAGUCUCAAUCUCGGGGGGUUGAACUCCACUCCACCCUCCCCAAAAUCAAAGCCACCGGUCGGAAGAUCACCCGCGCCCUCUUUUAGGGGUACACCCCCCCCCCCCAAAAAAAAAUAGAUAAUUUUCGGGGGGGGUCAGCGCUGGGGUCGCGACACUACAGCAAUAAAGA